UUCAAACUUCCCACUUCACAUACUUUCUCCUCACUUUCCUCUCUCCCUCUCUCUCUCUCUCUCUCUCUCUCUAUAUAUAUAUAUAUAUAUAUAUUUGCCUCCGGCAACAACUCCCCAAUUCCUAAUCCUAAUUAAUCAGUCCAUCGUCUUCCUCCUCUGCAAAAAACGAAAUACCAAAUCGAUCACUCAAAUGGGUCUUGAUGAUUCUUGUCAUACGGGCCUUGUUCUCGGAUUAGGCUUCGCGUCGUCGUCGCCUGCCGAUCAAAUCAUCUGUAAUCCGUCAAGAAAUAAUAAUAGUACUUCCGGCAACGUCAAGAAACCGGCGAACCUCAAGCUGGAUCAUUAUAAUCAGAUGGAGCCGUCUCUGACUUUGAGUCUGAUCUCCGGCGAGAGUAUCUAUCAAGCGGCGGCCGUCGGUGGGAGAAAGGUUGAUCAUGUGAACAGAGGUGGGUGUGAGGAGAAUUACUCCGGAGGUGACCAUUUGUACCGUCAGGCUUCUCCUCACAGUGCCGUUUCUUCCUUCUCCGGCGGUAGGGUGAAGAGGGAGAGAGACCUGAGCGGUGAUGAGGUGGAAGUCGAGAGGGUUUCUUCCAGAGUUAGCGAUGAAGAUGAAGACGGUGUUAAUGCCAGAAAGAAGCUUCGGCUCACCAAAGAACAGUCUGCUCUGUUGGAAGAAAGCUUUAAGCAACACAGCACUCUCAAUCCUAAGCAAAAGCAAGCUCUAGCAAGGCAGUUAAAUCUACGGCCAAGACAAGUAGAAGUAUGGUUUCAGAAUAGGAGAGCCAGGACAAAGCUGAAGCAGACUGAAGUGGAUUGUGAGUUCUUGAAAAAGUGCUGCGAGACAUUAACAGACGAGAACCGUCGGCUGCAGAAGGAGCUUCAGGAGCUGAAAGCACUGAAACUGGCUCAGCCCUUUUACAUGCACAUGCCGGCGGCGACUCUCACCAUGUGUCCUUCGUGCGAGAGGAUCGGCGCCGGUGCCAGCGACGGCAACUCCAAGAGCCCCUUCUCAAUGGCUCCUAAGUCUAACUUCUAUAAUCCCUUCACCAAUUCUUCUGCAGCUUGUUAAUUAAUUAAUUAGUUAUUAAUUAGGAUUAAUUCGAGAGGAGAGAAAAAAAAAAAAAAGAAAAAGAAAAAGAAAGCAAAGAAAGAAGAACAAGUAUAUUAGUGUCGGACCCUUAAUCCCUCUAUUUUUCGAUUAAGGGAUUUUAGCGAAAUUAAACUUAGUUAAUUUUUAGCUAAUUAAUUUGUAGAAAUUAAUACUAGUGAGUACGUAAGUCCUGA